CUAGGUUGCCUCUCAGUGCUGCCUUGGUAUUGGGCACCCAGAAUGCUUCAGUCUGUGAUGAUCUAUUAAUAAGGUGGCCUUACUAGAGUUUGCAACAGGGCCUCAGAUUGGCCAAAAUGGGAAGGGCUGGAUUCUGCUCUCUUCCACGAAGAGUUAAUGGGACUGGCUAAGAUCAAAGUCUGAGGCUUUUUCCAUCAUUAAUCAGUCCCUUUUUGCUUUCUUUUACGACCACAUGAAACUUGAGAAGCCACCUAAAGCUAUAUCACUUAGUGGAGUUGGGCAGUUCCCAGGUGUCCAACAAGAAGGCCUGGUUUAGGCUGCGAUGGCCACUGUCAUUCCUGGUGAUUUGUCAGAAGUAAGAGAUACCCAGAAAGCCCCUUCAGGGAAACGUAAGCGUGGUGAAAGCAAACCAAGAAAAAACUUUCCUUGCCAACUGUGUGACAAGGCCUUUAACAGUGUUGAGAAAUUAAAGGUUCACUCCUUCUCUCACACGGGAGAGAGGCCCUACAAGUGCACACACCAAGACUGCACCAAGGCCUUUGUUUCUAAGUACAAAUUACAAAGGCACAUGGCUACUCACUCUCCUGAGAAAACCCACAAGUGUAAUUAUUGUGAGAAAAUGUUUCACCGGAAAGACCAUCUGAAGAACCACCUCCAUACGCACGACCCCAACAAAGAGACCUUUAAAUGCGAAGAGUGUGGCAAGAGCUACAACACCAAGCUUGGCUUUAAGCGACACUUGGCCUUGCACGCUGCCACCAGUGGCGACCUCACCUGCAAGGUGUGUUUGCAGACUUUUGAGAGCACAGGUGUGCUCCUAGAGCACCUGAAAUCUCACGCAGGCAAGUCAUCUGGGGGCGUGAAAGAGAAAAAGCACCAGUGUGAACAUUGCGAACGCAGGUUCUACACCCGGAAGGAUGUCCGGAGACACAUGGUAGUGCACACGGGAAGAAAGGACUUCCUCUGCCAGUACUGUGCACAGAGAUUUGGACGAAAGGAUCACCUCACUCGACACAUGAAGAAGAGUCACAAUCAGGAGCUUCUGAAAGUCAAAACCGAACCAGUAGAUUUCCUGGACCCAUUUACCUGCAACAUGUCUGUGCCUAUAAAAGAUGAACUCCUGCCGGUCAUGUCCUUACCUUCCAGUGAACUCUUGUCAAAGCCAUUCACAAACACUUUGCAGUUAAACCUCUAUAACACUCCAUUUCAGUCCAUGCAGAGCUCUGGGUCUGCUCACCAAAUGAUAACAACUUUACCUUUGGGAAUGACAUGCCCCAUAGAUAUGGAUGCUGUUCACCCCUCUCAUCAUCUUGCUUUCAAAUGUCCAUUCAGUUCUACCUCAUAUGCAAUCUCUAUUCCUGAAAAAGAACAGCCAUUAAAGGGGGAAAUUGAGAGUUACCUGAUGGAGUUACAAGGUGGCGCACCAUCUUCAUCCCAGGAUUCUCAAGCAUCGUCAUCUAAGUUAGGGUUAGAUCCUCAGAGUGGGUCCCCAGAUGAUGGUGCUGGAGACCUCUCCCUGUCAAAGAGCUCUAUCUCUAUCGGUGACCCCCUCAACACACCAGCAUUGGAUUUCUCUCAGUUGUUCAAUUUCAUACCAUUAAAUGGUCCUCCUUAUAAUCCGCUUUCAGUGGGAAGCCUUGGGAUGAGCUAUUCCCAAGAUGAAGCACAUUCUUCUGUUUCUCAGCUACCCACACAAACACAGGAUCUUCAGGAUCCUGCGAAUGCAGUGGGUCUUGGUUCUCUGCACUCCCUGUCAGCAGCUUUCACCAGCAGCCUAAGCUCAAGCACUACCCUGCCCCGUUUCCACCAGGCAUUUCAGUAGGGUCUGGGCCAAGGGAUUCACCCAGAGGUGCUUGUGUAGCCCCGCCUGCGAUGACCAUUUAUAUUCUAGUGCCUACUUUAACACAAUACAAAAACUUCUGCUUUUGUAUAAUAUCAGGUUUUAUGAAGCCAGUAAAGAAUAGGAACUAGCCUCUUUGAUAAGCUUUGAAUCGUUCGUUUUAACUGCAUUUUCUAUUUCUCCUGAUUUCCUGUCAGUUGUCAUAGUCUCAGAGUUUUAUUUCAUAUAGGAGCGCCAUUAUUAUCACUAAAUUUUACAAGUCCUGUGUUCAAAUUACUGUUAGACUUUAAUUUUUCAUUUUUGUCUAAUAGCAAUGGGCAUUGGAUAAUUUUUUUUUUGCAAAUAUGCAGUACAAUGUAAAUCUUUUGAAAUGUGUGUGAAUAACUGAAGUGUUUCACAUUUUUACUAGCCACUAUAUGGAUUCAUAAUCAAGUGUGUUUUAAAUGAGUUAAGAAUCCAGUCUGGGGGGAAUAUAGUGAUUUCUUAAAUAUUCGAUAAUUUCAGAUCAGUAUAUUUUGAGGACUGCUAUUGUCUGGCUAAAAUAUCAGAAGUUUCAGUAUCUAUCUAAAAGGAACCUAGAGAGGUCACAGGGUGUUCUGUAUUAGCACUAGCCCUCAGGCUGGUUUGCCACUUUUCAACCAUCUUUACAUUAACUGUGUGGCUUUGGGGUCUUCAGGAUCAGUGUAGAAAUGUUUUGUUGUAUGUCCUUCACCUUUCAUGCUCCAGGAUGGCUUCAGUAUAACAGCAUUCUUACUUUGUAUGUUGCUCCACAGUUAGUUCAGAGUCUUAGAGCCAUUGUGGGACAAUAGACAGUACAUAUGUGAAACCCAGAGUGGCUGGGCUGCCUCAGUCGUCGGGGUGAUAGACUCCUCAACAGGAAGAUGGAUGUAAAACAUACAGCCAAACCCCAGAACUUGUCUAGAGAAUUUCCACUGUUGCCAGAGCUGAAACUGGACUCCUUGGGUACUGAGUAAAAGCCUAUGCAUGACUUCUAAAGCAUCACUUGCCCCAGUGCGCUUUUACUCAGUGCAUAUCCAUCUUUUCCUGCUGUGUUUGGAUGGAGAACUUAAAAAUUAGACACAUCAAAAAGCAACUUGAGGAGUUCCACAGUUUUACCCAACCAAAAGUUGUAAGACCCCACUUUUACACAUCUCUGGGAAACAGGAGGAAUGUUAGAAAUAAGUUGAAUCUAUAGAGGAAACGAAAAUAAAGCAAACACCAAAUGAAUAUGAAUGCACCAUGGCACUCACUGAGCGAGGUAGCGAUGGCCUUCCUCUUGUCAGACAGCCACCAGGAAUGUGAUCAACAGUUCCAUGUAUAUCUUCCUAAGGGUUAUUUGUGGCAUCAACCUACGAGACUUAUAUAUUAAGCACUUGUUAACACCUUAUUUUGGGACCCCUUCUGUUGGGGCAGGGGUGAGGGGAGAUUUAUAGAAGAGUAUGUAUCUCUUUUAAAAAAAAAAAAAAAAAAAGUAUUUUUUAAUUUCUGAGCACUCAUUAGCCCUGUAUGGGGAAGCUCCUUCCCUUCUUUAAGGGCCAGUUGUCACUGCAUAUUGCAUUGUUUACCCAUCAUCGUACAUAAUUACAGAUUACUGACUCUAAUGCAUUAUUUACAAUGCCUGGGAGUAGUCUAAACUGAGAAGUGUAAACUCUCAUGUGAAUGGGGCUUUCGCUAUAUGUCAUACACACGCCUAGUGCACUUCAUGGAAUCGGAGUUGCUCUCUAGAGGGCUUGAGCUCCUGGUUCUAACCCUAGAGCAGUAGUUUUUAUACUUAUGUAUUUAAAUUUUAUUGUGAGAAAUACAUUUUAUUAAAAAGUGUUCCAAAGGCAUUAAAAUUAUAUAUGUUAAUAAGGAAAUACAUUUUUAACUCUUCAAGCUGCUCCUGAGCUGGGAGUGGGAGCACACUCACUCUGAAAGUGGGCUCUCCACUCUGCUUCAUGACCGCUUCCUUAGUUUCUAUGAAACAGAUCACUUACCUAAUGUGCUAGUUGGAUGGUUAGUGUUCAAUAUUGCUUUCAUCACCACUUUAAAAGCAGGAGACAUUUGGUGACAGAGCACAAGUAAAUAAAAAACCUAUUUUUAUGUAGAGUUCACAAAUACCACAUAUGAAAGCACUAGUUUAUUCUAUCUAAAAUUUGCUUAAGAAGUCACAUUAAUGACAUGAGACGUUGGCCUUCAUAGGCUGUAUGUAUUUCACUGCUAA